UGGUUUUGUUGUGCGGUGUAUCCAGCAUGGCGGCUCCGCUCGAGGUGGUGCUGAGCUCGGACUCCGGCUCGCAGCUGUGGAACGUGACGGUGUUCGACCCGCUGAGCGGCUCCAGCCUGCUGUCGUACCGCGGCGGCAGCAGCGCGGCCCGCAGCCUGGCCGUGCUGCGGGGGGAGUUCCUGCUGUCCGCGCAGCUGGGCAAGAACUUCAUCAACGUGUGGGAGCUGCAGAGGAAGGACCAGCUGCAACAGAAGAUAGUUUGUCCGGGUGUCGUCACCUGUCUGACUGCUUCACCUGAUGGAUCCUUCCUGGCAGCUGGAGUGUCAGAAGCAGUUUACCUGUGGGAGGUGAGCUCGGGCAGGCUGGUAGCUGUGCUCAGUCGACACUAUCAGGACGUCACCUGUAUGAAGUUCACGGACGAGAGCAGCCAUUUUGUUUCUGGAGGAAAGGACAACCUGGCGCUGGUGUGGAGUCUGAGCAGCGUUGUCCAGCUGGAUUUAAACCACUCCCCUGAGCCCCGUCAUGUCCUAUCUCGUCAUUCCCUCCCAAUCACAGACCUACACUGUGGCAUGAUGGGACCUCAGGCCCGAAUCGUCACCGCAUCACUGGACCAGACGGUCAAGGUGUGGGAGCUGUCGUCAGGGGAACUGCUGCUGUCCAUCCUCUUUGAUGUGGAGAUCAUGUCCGUCACCUGUGAUCCCUGCGAGUUCUUCCUGUUCUGUGGAGGAAGUGAUGGAAAUAUCUUUCAAGUGUCUUUGUGCAGCCAGAAUCUCAGCCGGGACAAAUCCUUCCAGUCUGAGAGUGAAGGAAACCAGGUGUUCAAAGGACACAGGACCCUGGUGACGUGUCUCUCGGUGUCGAUGGACGGGACUCUCCUCCUCUCGGGGUCGCACGACGAGACGGUUCGCCUCUGGGACAUCCAGAGUAAACAGAGCAUCCGCUGCCUGGCACACAAAGGUCCGGUUACAAACGCGGUCAUCAUGCCGGCUCCAGCAAACAUGUUCCUGCCCGACAGCCGGCCCGCCAUCCCGCUGCCACGCUUCAGCCGGCACCUGCACACCUCCGACGGCGACGGCGGCGAGGCGGGCGAGGUCUGCGUCCGCCCUGCGCGUUGCUCACAGGUGGAGCACGACACGUACCUGCAGAAAGCGGAGAAGCUCUACAGCCUGAUGACCGCUGUGAGCGACAAGUCGGUGCUCGGAGACGGUGAAAACACAAAGGUUCGCAUUGCGGAGCUUGAAGAAGAAGUUCAGAAUCUGAAGAAAGUUAACAAAGAUUUGUACGAAUUUUCCACCCAGCUACUCACCAAACCCACAUAAACACAUCCACACACUUGUUUUUUUCAAAAUAAAAGCCUUGUUUUUGAAUAUAUUCCU